AAGGGUCAACUUUCCCAGGUCCACCAAAAUUGAAGAACAUAUAUAUCAUAAAGGGGUGAUAAUUGAAAAAACUAAAAUAAGAAGAAAAUCUAAAAACAUCAUUAACCCAAAAGAAAAGGACCACACUGAAAGCCUCCAAACAUAUACCCCCAAAAUUCUUAAACCACGCCUCCAAAUUUCCUCAUUCUCAUCCUUUUAAUACUUUUUCCAGUUCUGCCACCGCCGGCGCCGAUGCAAAAAUCCAAUUCUCCUCAGCCGUCUUUUUUUUUCACCUUUGGGAAAAUUCAACCUCACCAAAAGGAAAUACUCACGAAAUUUUCAACCUCAUGCACGCAGAUUUUGAUAAUUAUUGAUUGAUUGAUUCGAUUUUUUCUUUCUUAUGUGUAAAUCGAAGAAUCGACUCAGCAACGGAGUGACAGAACCUUCUUCCACCAUGGCUAAACAACGGAGAUCAACUUCACAGAAAACAGUCAAAUCCCAGAAAUCCUCCACCUCCACAGAUCCUUUAUCUUCAUUCAGCAAUUAUAACUCCAUUCAGAGCACGGGAUCUAGCUAUUACAACCGGGAUUCGUGGGCGACCGCGUCGAAUUCCGGCUCCCGCGCCGACCGAUCGCCGUUGUCCAGACUCCGGGACAAUCUUCCCGAACAACCCCAUAUCUACGACAUAUCUGAGAUCUCGGCGGCGACCCAUAAUUUUUCGAUGAAGCCCUUUUCGUCAUCCUCCACGUCAACCUCCUGGCGGUGCACCGUUCGCGGCCAAGAAGUAAUGCUAAUCCAGCGCAAGUUCCGGCGCCGUCUGAUCGACGUUGCUGAGCUUGGAGAAAGGUUAGCGUUAAUUUGUAGGAGUCAUCAUUCCAGCUUGGUUAAGCUAAAGGGUGCGUCUAUCACCAAAAAUAAUUAUAUUUAUUUGGUAUACGAAUUUAUUCACGGUGGGAAUCUCGCUGAAUGUUUGAGAAAUCCCAGAAAUCCUAGCUUUACUGUUCUUUCUGAUUGGAUGUCUCGGGUUAAGAUUGCCCAUGACAUUGCACACGGGCUGGAUUACAUCCAUCAUUCCACUGGAUUAGGACGUAAUUUCGUGCAUAAUCAUAUAAAGAGCUCGAGUAUUAUUAUCACGGAUGGUUUGAAUCCGAAGAUUUGUCAUUUUGGGACGGCGGAUCUUUGCGGGGAGAUAAAAUCGGGUGAUUCCGAAGAAGGUUUGGAUUCUAAAAGCAAAGGUAAAACGGAGCUGAAAAGACCAGGGAGCGGGGAAAUGAAGUUAGAGGGAACGAGAGGAUAUAUGGCGCCGGAGUUCAAGAGAAUGGGAUUACCAUCGGAGAAGACGGACGUUUACGCAUUUGGGGUGGUGAUAUUGGAGUUGUUAUCGGGGCGGGAACCUAUGAAAUACAAGUUUGAUGAGCAGUGGGGAGGGUACGUGAGGGAGUCGUUGAUUGAGACGGCGAAGGAGGCUGUGGCGGAGGGGGGCGGUGGAGGGGUGAGGAGAUGGGUGGAUAAGCGGAUGAAGGAUUCGUAUCCGGUGGAAGUGGUUGAGAGGUUGGUGAAGCUGGCGUUGGAAUGUGUAUCGGAGGAUCCGGGGAAUAGGCCGGAUAUGGGUUGGGUGGUGGUCCGAAUUUCGCAGUGGUAUUUGGAGUCACAAACUUGGGUGGAGAAAAUGGGUGGAUUGCCUACUGAUUUCUCUGUUUCUCUCGCACCUCGGUGACCGGCGGACUACAUUUUUUGACACAUUUGACAUUCUCAAUUGAAGAUAGGUUAAUCUUUUUGUUAAGUCUUUUACUUUUGUGUAAAUUGAGUAUAGAAUACUGAUGAAUGAACUGACCGUUGGUCAAUUCUUUACUACCAUCUUAUGUAUUACGAAUUCAUUGUGUAUAAAGUUGACAUCUUUCGGAUGAACAUUUAUUCAUCAUCCGUGUCGAUUUUUGUGUAAAAGAUGUAUUGUUACGUGAGGGAUUAAUCGGUGACUAGUGAGAGGUUUGAGCAAUGAAGUGGCUGACAUCCUGGUAUGAUCAAAGCUAUGUUCCAAAUAGCGGCAGAGAUAGCUCACGAGAUCUCAGCUUAAGAUGACCAUGAAGAACCUAAUUAGAGGCCGAGGGUCAGUAUUUAGGGUGGAAGUCAAGUAAACUGGUGGUCCAGCAACACACACAAUUGAUUCAGAAGAAGCUGCAAGGUAAAGGGAUGAGAAUUGGCGUGUGAAACAACUUGAUGUGUUUGGCGGUAUCACUAUCUUUGAAAUCCAAGAUUGACUUUCACUUGUCACGUGUUUAAUUUAAUGUAAUUUGUUGGAUGCUCGGGAUGGUGGGGUUGAUAGUACUCCCCUCCGAUUCUUAUUAUAAGACAUUUUGACUU